AUGGCAAACACUGGUGUGUUAAUGAUUUUGUUUUUCCUAUUGAAUGUCAUAAUCCAUGUUCCACAUCUCACUGAAGCAUCGUGCAAAUCCAAUGGUCGUCAUUCUCCCGCAUACAAUCCCAGAGGAACGCACGCCAUUCUGACUCUCAACAACUUUGGUCGCGGCGGCGACGGAGGAGGUGCCUCCGCAUGCGACGGAAGGUUCCAUCCCCUACCACAAAGAGUGGUGGCGCUUUCAACCGGAUGGUUCAGCAACGGCGCAAGGUGCGGGAGAAAGAUCAAAAUCAAAGCUAGAAAUGGAAGGAGCACGGUGGCUGAGGUGGUAGACGAGUGUGACUCCGUGCAUGGCUGUGACAAGUCACAUAAGCAUGGUCAAACAUGUAAGACCAACAUUGUUGAUGCGUCCCAAACUGUGUGGAAGGACUUAGGACUCGACAUCGAUGAUGGUGAAGUACCCAUCACUUGGACUAUUCUUUGA